AUGACUCGAGCUACCUUCCAAGUUCCAGGUUUUGAAGGCUGGCAGAGGGCUGCAGAGGACUGGGAUUACGUUGUCAACUUUGGCCUUUUCUUGGAUAAUCAGUUCCUCCAACACCAAACAAGAAAGCUAGAGCUCGUUUCCGGCGAGACUCUUGAAAAUCCCAGGCACGGGCACAGGAGUUGCACACCACGACGCCCCCGCCCAUUGAACAGGCCGCGGUCAACUCCUCAUUUGGACUUUGCGACAUUGGCAAUCACAUCUCCUGCCGAGGAUGGCGCAAUUCAGUUGGCCAUUGCCCCGUCUGACGACGAUCAAGCAUCUUGGUCUCAGCUUCCAGGCCCACUGCUACCACAACCUACGGAAACCGUCCAGUCAGAUCACAUUGGGAAUGCAUUCGUGACCUUCUCAAGACGCGGGAGACCAGCUCCCUUUGUUCAACUCCCUUCUGAAAUCGUCCACCAGAUAUGGGGAGAAUGGGUCCGCGUUACUUAUCGUUUCGACACCGCUUUCUACUACUUCGCGACGUGGAGGCUCAUCGCAGCAAUCCAAGCAUCCCAAUACGAGGCAGAAUACAGAGGCCUUGGCAGGAUGUUGUACAGAUUGGCCGAGCGACAGAGGAAAUCUGGCAAUCAGGAAGCCCGCACCAUCCUGCACGUCCUCCAAGGCUCUUUCCGAAUCCUUGUCGUGGACAUCUGCGGCAUACAAUACUUGGGCGCAAUCUUCUGGUGGCAAAGUGAUGUUACGAAGUGGAGCCUACCCAUUUCAGUCCAGUUCUACGCCUUCGACAAUGGUCACACCUAUAGACUCACCAUGACCUCACGAUUUUUCAGGACACUCCCUCCGGCCUUUGCUCUCAAUGGUUCCAUGGCUUUCCAGGAGGUCGAGGAAAUUCCGGCAUGUCACUACUGA